CCUCCUGUCCCUGUGGGGGCGAUAAUGCGCCAGUGAGCUGUUUGGCAAACGCCAGAAAGUAAAAUAAGACCAAGUGAGCGAAACUCAAACAGAGACUUGGUAUGUACUGUACAUUAACGAACGUAAGAAGGAUUUUUCUUUAUUUUCCGUGUGUUCUCGUUUAAACAUUUAGAGAAUAGCGUGCUUAAAACAGUCGGCCUAAACAAGAAGACAUUUUUAGCUGUGAGUUAGCAGCACUUUACGUUAGCCUGUUUGGCGAGGCUAGCAAUGAGUGCUAGCCGUUUUAUAGCUUCGACAAAGGGCAGAAACAAAUCUUCAGUCAGCCAGAGCAGGGAGAACCGAGCCUCGAGAGCUAAUGAGGUGCUGGCUGAGAGGAACCAGGCGGUGGUGGCGGUGGGAGCCUGGGUGGAGGACGGACAAGACUUUCUGGAGCACCCGUCUGCUCUUGCUUUGUUAACUGAGGAACUCCAGGCAGAAAGGAGGAGGGAGAAUGAAGAGAGCCUUCGACGAUUUCAAGAUGAAGUACGCCACCGUGUGGCACAGCGAGCCCAAGUCUUCAAGAAGGGACAGCAGCCUCAGGCAAAAGCAAUGGUGAACCGUGACAGGAGAAUCCCCCAACAACAGUGUCGAGUCUGGACCCAGCAUGUGUCGUCUGGUGUGAAGAUGAUGUCUGAGAGAGGUGCUGCACAACAGAGGGUGAUGGAAAGGAGCUCUCAGGAGGCUAGUGAAGGCAUGAGGCAGGUCAGACUCAGGCUGGCUGCCUGUCGGAUGAUCCCGCAUGGGGAAAUGGCGUCAGAGCUUCCUGGAGGCAAAUGGAAUAUCUCUCCAACCAGACAUGGUAUAAGAACAAUCGUUUUCCUCUGCACGCAACAGAAAGCUGAAUCUCACGUGCUGAGAGCAGAGCAGGAAGAGGAGGAGGGAGACAAUAAUUUCUUCACCAGUCAACAUGAAUGUCCCCUCGUUCAACAGAAGGUGAGUGGAGGUGUGUUGUGGGAUACUGACAAAUCACAGUCUGAUCCUGGCUUCAAGUCCAACCUCAGAGUCCCACAGGUCCUGUGGCCUUUGGCUGACCAAGAGGAACUGAAAAGACAGCGUCAGUCUCAUUUUCUGAUGCACCGUCGUCAGUUCAUGAACACUGAGAGAGAGCAAGUGAAGGAGAACAAACAGCACAGGAAACACCUGAAGAGAACGGCAAGGAUCAAAGCAGAGAAAGAACAGAUUCGUCUGGAAGAAGAGAGAAAGUUUGAGAGAGUUCGGCAGCUCGCAGAGGCCAGACAGAAGUUGGAGGAGAGAGAGCUGCUGAUUUUGGAAAGACUGAAGCUUGAGGAGGAGGAGAGAGCUGGGGAGGUGCAGAGGAGAAAAGAGGAGAAACGGAAAGUAGCUGCAAGGUUCAUUGAGGCCCUAAGAGCUCAGAUGAAAGAGCGACUGUCUCAGGAGAAACUGGAGCUCCCUCCUCUCUGCUGGUGUGCGUCCUCUUUCUGGGACUCCCACCCCGACACCUGUGCUAACAACUGUGUCUUCCACAACAAUCCUAAAGCGUAUGCCCAGGCUUUACAUUCAACAAUGUUGAGUUUGGAUUUACGCUAGAGGAAGCUGGUGAACUGCAGUGGAAAUUGCCUGGAAGAAAUGGGCUCCUCCUCUGUCCAUCCAGAAGUGAGAGAGGUCGAGGGUAGUGUUCAGCCUCCACAUUGAAAUAUGAAAAAACAAUUAAUAGAUGGAUUGCCAUGAAAUUUUGAAGAGGAUAUUCCUGUUUUACACAAGUUGGAUACAAAUGACUUUGGUGAUCCACUGAUCUGUCAUUUUUAAUGAAACCAGCAGGCUCAAUUUUCACUUAUCUUGUGAAAUAUCUCAACAUCUACCAGAUGGAUUGACAGGAAACCUGCAUCUAGCACUGUCAUCAGGUUAAA